AUGAAUGGAAUUAGUGUUGACAUACAGCAUUUGAAAAAAGGUGAAGUCAGCUUGGGUACUUCUAUCAUGGCUGUUACUUUUAAAGAUGGUGUCAUUUUAGGUGCAGAUUCACGUACCACCACAGGUGCAUACAUUGCUAACCGUGUCACAGAUAAACUAACCAGAGUUCAUGAUAAAAUCUGGUGUUGUAGAUCUGGUUCCGCUGCGGAUACACAAGCAGUUGCUGAUAUUGUUCAAUAUUAUUUAGAUUUAUACACCACUCAAUUUGGUGAGCCAUCUACUAAGACGGCCGCUUCUAUUUUCCAAACUUUGUGUUAUGAAAAUAAAGAUAAUUUAAGUGCUGGAAUAAUUGUGGCUGGUUAUGAUGCGAAAAAUAAGGGCGAAGUUUACAGUAUACCUUUAGGCGGGUCUAUUCAUAAGCAACCAUAUGCUAUUGCUGGUUCGGGGUCGGCUUUUAUCUAUGGUUAUUGUGAUAAAAAUUUUAAGGAGGAUAUGACUAAAGAAGAGACUGUUAAUUUCGUUAAACACUCUUUAUCCCAAGCUAUAAAAUGGGAUGGUUCUUCUGGCGGUGUUAUUAGAAUGGUUAUAUUAACAAGCAAUGGUGUCGAACGUCUGAUUUUUUACCCAGAAGAAUACGAAAAUAUCUAA